AUGAAUAAAGAAAUUCUUCCUAUAAUAUUUCUUGAAAAGCAAACUCAUAAGCAACUUCUUGGGACAUCCAAAACAUAGCUAUCCUUUAAAUAUGAUAAGACUGGGUCAAUAACUCAAUAUAUUAAAAGCGAUAAGCAUUCACAAAUAAAUUAAUAUUUAAAAACAGAAAAUGACUAAUACGACAAUAUGGUCAGUUAGUUGCAUUAGUAAAGAUAACUUAGAUUACCUCCCACUUAAGUGAUUAAUUAAUUGAGAAGAUAAAAAAUGAGUGUUGACAAAAUUCCUAGACCAAAGGCUAAGAAAAUGCCUAGACCCUCUUAUUAAAUUAAUCUUAAUACAAAGGAUAAAACAUAACUCUAAUAAUAGAUCUGCAAUUAUGUUUAAUAAGCAAAUAAGUUAUAAUAAUAUAAACUAUCAUAAAUUCAUUCAAGAAGACAGGACUUCAAGCCAUAUUUUAAUUUUGAAGAAUUCUCAUACAUGGAUGAGAUUUUUCCUCAUUCAAAUUUAGUGAAAAAGAAAUUUGGGUUGAAUGAAUAGAUUAUGUUUAGAAAUUCUAUGGGUUUGGAGAAAGUUAUAUUAUAAAGAAUUAUAUAAGCUUAAUAAGAUGAUUGAU